CUGACACUGAGCAAUCAAGCAGGGGCUGUGGUGGGGGCCAAGGAGAGCAACAAAGUCCCAGGACACACAUGCGGGUUCAGCUGGUUCCUUAUACUGCAGGUUUCUCAAUCCAGCCCACCUGCAGGUUUCCAGACCCUGUUACCCCCUAGCUGCCAACUGCAGUCAAGUUGGGACUUAAAAUGUGUUUUGAUUGGUGCUUCUCUCUGAUUCACAGGAUUCUCUCCCCCACCGCCCCUCCUAUUUCUCAAUUAGAAGCAAAGUUUGGCAGGUAAAUUAAGUGCUUAUUUGGAGAGAGAAAUAACUUGACAAGAAAGACUCCUUGGUCAUUUGGGACUAACUGCUGGACCAGGAGGAUCUUAUGGUUGCAUUGGAAGUUAGAUUUGAGAUCAAAGAAAAAAUGGAUUUGCAAAGUACAGUAAGAAAUGAAGAAAAAGACCCCUGCAGCAUCCUGGCUGGGAGUGGCAAGGAAUUCUGGGAAAGAAUGGUGCAAAUUAUCCUGAAAAGAGAGCCUACAAGCACCGAUAUCGAAUGCCAGAGUCUCAGGCAGUUCCCCGACCAGGAGGCUGAAGGACCACGAGACCUUUGCAGCACACUCCACACCAGUUGCCAUCAGUGGCUGAAGCCAGAAAAGCACACCAAAGCUCAGAUGCUGGACCUGGUGAUCCUGGAGCUGUUCCUGACUGUCCUGCCCCCGGAGAUGGAGAGCUGGGUCAGAGAGUGCGGAGCGGGGACCGGUUCCCAGGCAGUGGCCCUGGCAGAAGGUUUCCUCCUAAGCCAGGCAGAAAAGAAGAGGCAGGAGGAACAGCAGGUAAUCAGAGGAAGAACAGAAAAAAGGGGGAAGUAUUGAGAAGAAAAACGGAAGAAAAAGAGAAGACGGCAGCUUCUGAAGGGACAGGCUUCCAGGCAAUUCCAGUUGAAGAUGCUGUUAACAUCCCUCUAAGCAGAAACAUUUUAACUAAUAAAUCAAACCUUAGUGCACAUCACAGAAUCCAUACAAGUGUGAAAGCAUAUCAAUGCACAAUGUGUGGAAACUGCUUCAGUGAUCAGUUGAACUUUUAUGAACACCAAAGAAUCCACACAGGAGAGAAACCAUGCUCGGAGUGUAGAAAGAGCUUCAGUCACGACAAUGCCCUUGCUGUCCACCAGUGUGUCUGCAAAGGAGAGAAACCAGAUACAGUAUUCAAGUAUGGAAAGAGCUUCAUUAGUAGAUAUAAGCUUCCUUCCCAUCAGAGUCGCCACACAGGAGAGAAACCCUAUACAUGCUUAGAGUGUGGAAAGAGCUUCAGUAGGAAGGACAGUCUUUCUGCCCAUCAAAGACUACACACAGGGGAGAAACCCUGUAUGUUCUCAGAGUGUGGAAAGAGCUUCAUUUGGAAGGGACAACUUUCUGCCCAUCAGAGUAUCCACACAGGGGAGAAACCGUAUACUUGCUCAGAGUGUGGAAAGAGCUUCAACCAUAAGACACACCUUUCAAUUCAUCAAAGAAUCCACACAGGGGAGAAACCGUAUACAUGCUCAGAGUGUGGAAAGAGCUUCCGUCAGAAGGACAGUCUUUCUGCCCAUCAAAGUAUCCACACAAGGGAGAAACCAAAUACAUGCUCAGAGUGUGGAAGGAGCUUUAGUCGGAAGGAUAAUCUUUCUGCCCAUCAAAGUAUCCAUCCACACAGGGGAGAAACCAUAUAAUUGCUCAAAAUGUGGAAAGAGCUUCAGCAGGAAGAAAUAUCUUUCUGUCCAUCAAAGAAUCCACACAUCAGAGAAACCAUAUAAGGGGCGGUGGGGUGGGAUGUUACUGAAAUGACUAAGAGGGUCCAGAGUGCUAAAGACUAAGAGAAUCACAAUCCAUAUGACAGCGAUAAUUUAAGAAGGCCUGGUACAUUUCCCCCCUCAGUCAUUAAGGAGAGUGCUCCAAGUGUGGAAAGAGUUUCAGCUGGAAGGGCUAACUUUCUGUGCUUCAAAGAAUCCAUACGGCAGACAAACCGCUUCCUUCCCCUUCACCCCUGACAUCCAGUCGUUCCUUGUUACUCUUCCCUGGCUACAUUCCCUCUAAACUUCACGUUUGUGUGCCCGCUCACUUCCAUCCUCCUGGCCACACAGUUAAUUUUCACUGCCAGGCACAGCCACCUCCUCCCCUAGAGAAAAGGGCUAAAAACUCCCUUUCCUCCCUUCCUGUGCUGCUGAGAGAUAUCGGGGAGGCAGAGGAAGUAAGGAUCCAGCUGGGAGUGGGGGUGGGAGGGGAGAAAGCAGUUGCUCGGCGGGAAGAGUCUAGUGCAGGACUGUUCCUUUGGCCCUCCUGCAGAUAUUGGCCUAUAUCUCCCAUAAUCCCUGGCUAUUGGCCUCUAUGACUGGGGAUUGUGGGAGCUGUAGUCCAAAAACAGCUGGGGGGCCAGAGUUGAGCAGGCCUGGUCUAGUGAGUUCCUUCUGGAUCCCUCACAAGUCACCUCCUGUUAGCACAGGAAAGAGGCAAGUGCAUCAUGCUAUCAUGGGGGUGAGGAGGAGGGUAGCCGGUAGCAGCUGGUGGCCAAAAGACUGGGUGGCCCCUUGUAACGGAGGUCUUAGGAGGGCUCGUCCUAAGUCUCCUCUCCUGAGACACCUCACUAGAUCAGCAUUCAGAGCUGGAGGUGGGAGGAAGAGGAAGUGGUCUGGGGUGGGGGAGCAAGGGAGGUGGCCAGCGGGGGAGAGGGGAGAGAGAGG